AUGGGGGUGAAGUUUGAGUUCUUCCGGUUCUUUAAACUGAACUACUAUUCUUUUUAUGUGAAAAAGGAAAAGCUUUAUACUUUCCUUCACACAACGACAGCGUAUUCCCUUGUUGGAUUGACUAUCUAUCUUGGUUAUUCAUUCUUCCAUAUGUGGAAUGAUGCAGUACAUUACUCGUACAAGCAUUACAUAAGGAAAGAAAAGCAACGAAAAGAACUGUACGAUAAAAUCAGGAUUGCUCGGGAGAAUGGUCUUAUACCGAAAAGUGAAAUUGAUUACUCGAAUUGA